UACAAGGACCACAAUGCAUUUGGUCAUAGUCGCUCCUCCGUUCACAUCCGCUUGACUCGCUAUUUGUGUUGGAAAAAGGACUUUGUGAAACUGCAGCGAUGUCAGUCCAGGUUGUGGCAGCGAAAAUGGCAGAGGUCGAACUCAAAGACGUCCCCACCGGCAAAGACUUACCGGCUGGUUCCCCAAUGACACCGACCUCGGAGGGCAAGACCCUCGCCAGAAACGACCCGCACGAGGCCGGUUCCUCUGCUGCUGCGUCCCCUACAGCGGAGCCCUCCGCGAAAGCCGGGGAAGGAAGCCUGGGUUUGCUCAACACGAACCCCGCGAAGAUGCCGCAGGCGUCGGCUAUGAAGCGGACGGACCUGCAGCAGAACGGCGGAGAGGCUUUUGUCAACCGUGACGGUACUGUUGCUGAGGCUCCGCGGAUGAAAAAGAUCCAGUUUGCAGACCAGAAACAAGAGUUCAACAAGCGUCCCUCAAAGAUCGGCCGGCGCUCCCUGUCCCGCUCCAUUUCCCAGUCCUCCACAGACAGCUACAGCUCAGCGGCGUCGUAUACGGACAGCUCUGACGAUGAGACGUCUCCUCGGGACAAACAGCAGAAGAACUCCAAGGGCAACGGAGACUUCUGCAUCAAAAACAUCAAACAGGCCGACUUUGGACGCAGAGAGAUCGAGAUUGCAGAGCAAGAGAUGCCAGCCCUGAUGGCCCUGAGGAAGCGAGCCCAGGGGGAGAAACCCCUCGCCGGUGCGAAGGUGGUGGGCUGCACCCACAUCACUGCCCAGACUGCUGUGCUGAUGGAGACUCUGUCAGCUUUGGGCGCUCAGUGCAGAUGGGCGGCCUGCAACAUCUACUCCACCCAGAAUGAAGUGGCAGCUGCCCUGGCAGAGGGAGGUUUCAGUGUGUUUGCAUGGAAGGGUGAGUCGGAGGACGACUUCUGGUGGUGCAUCGAUCGCUGUGUCAACGUGGAAGGCUGGCAACCCAACAUGAUCUUGGAUGACGGUGGAGACCUGACUCACUGGAUCUAUAAAAAAUACCCCAACAUGUUCAAGAAGAUCAAGGGCAUCGUAGAGGAGAGUGUUACCGGUGUGCACAGGUUGUACCAGCUGUCCAAGGCAGGAAAACUGUGUGUUCCAGCCAUGAACGUCAACGACUCAGUGACCAAGCAGAAGUUUGACAACCUCUACUGCUGCAGGGAGUCCAUCUUAGACGGCCUGAAGAGGACCACUGAUGUCAUGUUUGGAGGCAAACAGGUGGUGGUGUGUGGAUACGGAGAGGUGGGUAAAGGCUGCUGUGCUGCCCUCAAAGCAAUGGGCUCCAUCGUGUACGUCACGGAGAUCGACCCCAUCUGUGCCUUGCAGGCCUGCAUGGACGGCUUCAGGCUGGUGAAACUGAAUGAGGUCAUCAGACAAGUGGACAUCGUCAUCACCUGCACAGGUAAUAAGAACGUGGUGGUGAGAGAGUAUCUGGACCGCAUGAAGAACGGCUGCAUUGUCUGCAACAUGGGACACUCCAACACUGAGAUCGAUGUGGCGAGCCUGCGGACUCCUGAACUGACCUGGGAGAGGGUGCGCUCUCAGGUGGACCACGUCAUCUGGCCCGAUGGCAAGAGGAUAGUGCUGCUGGCUGAGGGUCGUCUGCUGAACCUCAGCUGCUCCACUGUGCCCACCUUUGUGCUCUCCAUCACCGCCACCACCCAGGCGCUGGCUCUGAUAGAGCUGUACAAUGCCCCAGAGGGACGCUACAAACAGGAUGUUUACCUGCUGCCCAAGAAGAUGGAUGAGUAUGUGGCCAGCCUACAUCUCCCUACAUUUGACGCACACCUUACAGAGCUGAGUGACGAGCAGGCCAAGUAUCUGGGUUUGAACAAGAACGGUCCCUUUAAGCCAAACUACUAUAGGUAUUAAACCAGUGUCUGGGUUGGACUGAAGAAAUACAAAUACUCCAUCAUUGACACAGACUCAUAGUGGGAAAGGAGGAGGAGGAGAAUGGAAGGACGGACAGAACAGUCAACAUACCUGCUUUAUAUUUGAGGGGUAGGGGAGGAGCUCUUACUGAGGGGGAGGGGCGUGGCUUUCCCUGCUCUUAUUGCAGCCGUUUUAUUUAUUUAUGCUCGACAACAAUAAUGAUAAUAUUAACUCUAAAUCUUUGGAGCUGCUCCUGCCAUUCGCCAUUAGCUAGCUCCGCGACAUCUUCUUCUGGACGAUGUUUUACUUCCCUUUCACCACCAAUAUCUCUUUCUCUUUAGACGCUCAUUUGUGUGUCGAGUUGUAUGUAAAUCCUCCACCCUCCCCCCUUCCCAUUGCCAGAUCUUUUAUUGUUUAACUAUUAAAGAAAUUAUUGAUGCUAAAAAGAUAUAUACUAUAUAUAAAAAAACGUGACAUAAAAAAAAACAAAAAUCUGUGUGAAUGAAGAUGACCGUUGAAGAUUUAGUGACGGAUACUUUUUUCUGUCCUCUUUUUGUUUUCUACCUGUGAUUAUGUUUUUGUUUUUCUCGCGUAAUAUUGCGAGGGCGGUGUUUAGACCGAGUGGGCGGGGGUUAGGCGGGAUCUCAGGGUCCAAUCAUAUCAUGUCUUUUAUUUGAUCGUUUCAUUGAGAUUCACCGCUGUCUGUUUUUAAACACUUUUUAUGCGUUCUGUCCCUUCGGAUCAGCCUGUAGUUUGUCAUAACUUUCUUGACUGGAUGGUGACUGGGUCUUCCCACCUGUCACUCAAAGCCACAGUGAAAACAUCUCAUUGGCUGCUUCUUUCUCGGCUUCCAGCUGCUCACAUGGCGCCAGUGUUAAAGUAAUGGGAAGUCUUUAAGCUUAUGAGAGCUAACCUUUUCAUUUUGUCUUUUGCUUUACCAAGAAAGACUACACUGUAUCAGAAGCAUGGCAGGUUGUCUGAUCAUUACAUACUGUAUAUUUAGAUAUUUAUAUUGAAAAUUAAGAUUUUUCUAUCUUUUUCUCUCCUGCGCCAUCUAAUAUCAUUACUUUUGGAAAGAAAUCAACAUGUCAUAAAGAUAAGCAAUUAAGUGUUCUGAUGAUAAGUGUAAUAAAUGUACUUAAGCACUCACUUUGAAUACUGUGACAGAAAAUAUUUACCAAAUGAGCAGCAAGUCGUUGCCUGGCCGGUACUUCAACAGAUAUCUUCAAUAAGGUCCUCUUUGAAAAGUACGGUGUUUUUAAGAUUUACUGUGUUUACCAUGCACACCACAACUCUUUGGUACUCGCAGAUAAAGUUCAUCUUAAAAAGUAAAACAUGGGAUCUGAAUGUAUUUUCUUUACAUCCAAGAAGCACAUUUACAUUCUCUGCAAAUCCUUGUGCAUUUGCCUGUAAAGGUAAUAUUCCCCCCCCUUUUCUUUUUAAUCUCAACACUUGGCUCGCUAUCCCUGAAAUAUUUUAGUUUUUUCUUCUCCACCUGAAAGGCUUAGAUCCUCCCCAGCUGACCUGACAGUCAUUUCAACUGACAGCCAAGUGCACCUCGCCCGCUGCUAUACUGGCUCUGCACCUGAACCAAUCAGAUUGUCUGCUGACCUGCUGGGACACGCUGCCAGCUCGACUCUCACAGAGAGGGAUCAAAUGCUUAAACACACGCAUACAGUUCCUCAUUAUCCAGGUCUGAGAAUUUGAACAGGAGGAAAAGGCACAAAAAGCCUUUUUAUUUACCAGCUUUGCUCAUUCAAAAUACAAAUAUGCAAAAUUAAUGCAAUUCUGUUGUUGUGUGACAUGAGUAAUAUCGUUGCAUAAUAUUAAAGAACAAAUCUUUUCAAGGAAUAUUUUGGCAUUUUGUAAAAAUCCUUAUUUUAUUCAAUGCAGAGUUGUGAAAAUGUAGAACGCUCGUAUAAAUAUUUUUGCUGGAGGCAGCAGCCAGUUAGCUUAUGUUAGCAUGAAGGUAAAAGUCUGUUAUGUAAAAAUGAAACAAGACAUGUUAAUCAAUGAGCUUUAAAGGUGCUGAUGGAUGAGUUUGUUACCAUUGGACCGAGCCAGGCUGACAGUUUCCCCAUGUUUCCAGUCUUCCAGCUAAGCUAACCAGCGAGUGGGACCGACCUUUUUCUUAUUUACAUCACGACAAGAAAGUAAAUAACAUUUCCCAAAAUGUCAAACUAUUCCUUAUAAAUUUGGUAAAAGCCAAUUAAAAGUCUAAAGAAAUUAACAUUUUAAAGGUGACCUUUAAAAUAAACCUAGCGUAUGCCCGUAUGCUACCUUGUAAUGACAAGAUCCUACACUGUGUCACAGCACAACUUCAGUGUCCAUUUGUUCCCUGACAAUGUUUGUGCAUUUCUGUCUCCUUGUGCUGUUGAGAAUCCCAUGUACUAUUAGUGCGACCUGUGCUCUUGAACCUGUUGUGUUGAGAGAAAGCUGAGGUGACCAUAAUGAUGUGUCUAAAUGUCUUUCUGUGUUUGUACACUUCCUUUAUUGUUGGCCAUGGUUCCUUUUCGUUAUCAGCUGCCUCAGGAUCUUAGCCUGUGCGUUAGGGGAAGAAACCAUUUGUUUUGUCAGACGGGUGGGCAGGGGAAGACACCAGCAUCGUAUCUGUAUGUGUAAACUAUAUACAGAUAUGCAACCUUUAAAAGUAUAGGAAGGUAAAAGAAGAAUCCACUCCUGUAUUUAUUGUUGUAAAUCCUCAUACAGUGCAAACUGGCAAAAUUCUCAAACAUGUUUUUAAGUUGUCGCAUCAAGAAAAAAACUGUUUUAAUAUUGCAAGUGAUAAUGGUAGAUGAUGAGCAAUAAUUUAAAACAUUCUGUAAUCUUACUGAAUAAAGAUGUAAAAAACAAAUUGUAA